GAUAUGGAUAUGGUGAAUGUGGACUUCGAAUGGUUCGACCCGCAACCCGACGUCGACUUCCACGGCCUGAAAACCCUCCUUCGCCAACUCUUCGACAUCGAUGCGCAGCUCUUCGAUCUAUCCGCCCUCGCCGAUUUGAUCCUCUCGCAACCGCUGCUCGGAAGUACAGUAAAAGUAGAUGGGAACGAAACCGACCCAUACGCAUUUCUUACCGUGCUCAAUCUCUCCACCCACAAGGACAAGCCCGUGAUACAGCAGCUCACGCAAUACCUCUCGAAGCAGGCGACCAAGCGCGGCGGGGAUAUCGCAAAGGUCCUGCCCCAGCUACUGGCGCCGGAGAACGAUGCACAAGUCGGACUGAUUUUGACCGAACGAUUCAUCAACAUGCCCCAUGAGAUUGUACCGCCCAUGUACACCAUGUUGCAGGAGGAGAUUCAAUGGGCGCUGGAGGAGAAGGAGCCUUACAACUUCACACACUACCUUAUACUCUCCAAGACGUACAGCGAGGUCGAGUCAUCCUUGCGGACGGAUGAUCAACCGGCGUCCAAGAAGAAGAAGGGUGGUGGCGGGGUUGAGCCGGAGACGUUCUACUUCCAUCCCGAAGACGAGGUGCUGCACAGACACGCGGUUGCCUGGAGCAACUUCGAGUACGAGACGCCUGUUGAUGCGGGCGCGAGCGACAGCAAGAGAGCCUUCCAGGAGAUGGGUGUGUCGUCCAAGGGCCAUAUCAUCUUGCUCGAGGCGGACAAAUUCGCCGGAGCUGUGGACGCUGUCAAAGAGUUCCUCAAUGGAGCGCAGUGA